AUGGACUUGCCCCCGGCGUAUCCUGAGCCCAGCUUGGAGGCGCAUGCGCGCACUCCUACUCCCCCUUCGGCGCCGAAGCUCACGCCGGCGCAGAUUGGAGAGCAGUAUCGGGCGGAGUUAUACGCCCAGUGCGCGCAAGGCGAGCACGAUCCGACGCGGAAACAUGGCGUCUGUGGUAUCAUUACGGCCGUGUUACUCUUCCCCCUCGGCAUCAUCUGUCUCUUCUUGGACACAGAGAAGCGAUGCGCACGUUGUGGCGUCAAAGUGAAGAAGCCCAAGAAGGAGAAGAAGCCGAAGGAGCCCAAGGAGCCCAAGAGUGAUGCUGCACAGUAG